UGUCUGCAGCACCUCCUGCUCGGUGUCACCAGCAGCUUGUGCUCUGACGCUGGCUCUUCCGUGCCCAGCUCCGUGAGGGCUCAGUUCAGUGUGCCCCCAGCCCCGUCAGCCCCACUGUGCUGUGAGGGCAGGAUCGCUUCUGGCGGCCCUGCAGAGUGCACAGCACCACGCCAUCCAAGGAAGAGCCUCUGUAAAACCACCACGGGCCCACUGAGGACAGGACUUCUCAAUUUCUCCUCAUCCUCCCCAGCAUCACACGGGAGGCUCCUUGCCAGCUCCCAGCAGCUGGGAGAGGAGGAUGUUGGUGGCACGUUCUGUAUUUCGAUCGUUCACUUCAAGGGAGUGGGGAGCUCCUGAGGAACUGUGCAGCCUCCCUAUUGGUGUGGGCAUUGUGUAGUGCCUGGUGUAGCUCCUGCUGACACGGGGCACUCUGUUAUUUACAGCAGCAUUGUCAUUUCCUGCUCUUUUUUCUCCUUGGCAGAGAGCACCAUGGAAUGUGUCUGUGGAGCUGGAAGGGGCUCUGGUAGGAGAGCAGCUCUGUGGAGUCAGCAGAAGGCAAGACAUUAACCUUUAGUUCCACCAGCACCACAGUUCCGAACAUGGGGAAGGCACUUCCUGCUGGAGAAGGUCCUGGCCUCAUCAGUGCCAGGAAACGUGAGAGCCAGAAUAGAAAUGGAAAGGAAGGAAGCAACGAGCACAUAUCAUUAUGCAGUUGUGAAACGAGAGAAGAUGAAGAUUAAAAUGCAGAGAGGAACUGAACAUCAGAAAGAGCAUGGGAAGAGAUGAAAAGGUGCAGAGGGGAGAGCAAGAGAGAUGCAGAACCUCUCACUUCUCAUUCUUGCAGAUCUUGUACCCUCUUAUCAGCAAAUAUCAUGCUGGUGUUGCUGUUUCCUCGCUUGGGUUUGUUUGCAGAUGACACCUCAGCUUCAGCCAGGAAGUUCCACUGCCUGGUGGAGGAGAGUGAACAGCCCAUCUUCUGGAGACGUGUGGCUGGGCUGUGUGUGUCCAGCGUGGUGUGGAGGGUGGUUGCUGUGGAUGUAGAAGAAACUAAAGGGAAGGAAGUGGCAGAUGGGAGGAGGUUUUGCUCUGAGCAUGAAUAGGAAGAGCAGUGGCAGGCAGUGGGGUGCAGCAGAGAUUGCACCUACAGAGGUGGGAAGACAGAGGGACCUGUGCCUGCUGACUGCUGCACGUGUCCCUUGGGUGGCAGGGGUGACACAAGCCAUGUCUGGCCUAGUGAAUGUUCGUGUCCUAGUGUCCCUCAUGCCACAGGUGGCAGGGGAAUACAGGGGCUGGGCAGGAGCUGGGAUCUGGGUGAUCAUGGCCAGAGUAGGGGCAGAGCUCUGCAGGGCCAUGUACAUCCCACAACCAGAACACUGAUCAAGCCCAUCCCCGAGCCAAAUUGCAAUUCCCUGGGGGCUGGCAGGGUGUGUGUGUCCCCAUCUGGGCUCAACGAGCACACCCCAUCACCAGACGGGUGUGGACAUCACCUCAUCCCCCUGCUGUGAUGGCAGCACUGCUUCCUCCAAGGGCUCCAUUCCCUGUUAAUCAAAACAGACAAACAGACUGGUGGCGUGGGGAGGUGAUGCUGUAGGAAACUGGGGAAGUGACAGGGAGCUGCUGGGCUGGGUCCUAGUCCAGUGAGAAAUGGCCAUCAGCAGCUCCUGUGGGCAUUACUCAGGUCUCAGGAGUACAGUAUGUGGUCAGGAUAAAACCGAAGAGGAAUCAGAGGAGGUAAGAACUGGGCUGAGGCCAGAGAGGGGAAGAGAGGGGAAGCCUGUGAGCACAGAGGGAACUGCCUGGCCCAGUGGCGAAGGGGCGAGGUCCCGGCAAGGCUUCAGCUGCCCUCGGCUGAGCAGUGGCCCUGCCCUGCAAGGAGAGAUGGAGGCUCCCAGCCCAUCCCACCAGGCACCCAGCAUGGUCACCAUGAGGCUGUUGGGACGUUUGGAGCUCUGGCUGGCCAACACCUUUCUGCCCCUGCUGCUUCUCACCUGGCUGUCAGUUGGAGCAGUCAGUCUGCAGGCAGAGCCAGUCACCACUGAGCAGGUCAAGAUUUGUUUGGAGAAUCUCACGGUGCAGGUGGACUGGUACAAACCUAAAUGUCUGGAGGGGGAGAUUCAAACCAACACUGUGGUUCUGGUAGAAAACUGUUUGAAUUUCAGCAGCUCAAGCCUGUGUACAGCCUGCACAGAAAUCUGUGUAUGUAGGGUCUCCAUCAAAAGACCAAACUCAACAGACACUGGAAAAAGCACACAAGCAGCAGUUCUCAGAGAAAACUGUAUGAAUUUCAGCAACUCAAACCUGAGUACAGCCUGCACAGAAAUCUGUGUGUGUAGGGUCUCCAUCAAAAGACCAAAUUCAACAGACAUUGGAAAAAGCACACAAACAGCAGUUCUCAGAGAAAAAUGUAUGAAUUUCAGCAACUCAAACCUGAGUACAGCCUGCACAGAAAUCUGUGUGUGUACAGUCUCCAUCACAAGACCAAACUCGACAGACACUGGAAGCAGCACAGUUCUCAACCUCCUGUGCAUCCUCCUUGGCUUAGCGGGCGGGACGCUCCUUCACAUGCCAGUGAUUGGCUUCCUGCUGUGGCAGCGCACAAGGAACAGAACAGGAGAGCUUCUGAGUGAAGAAGUGGUGGAGGAGAAUCAGACCAGUACGGCAGCUCCAGUGACAGAGACUGAGGACCUGACCUAUGCCAACCUGAAGUUUGAAAAGAAGGGGACAAGACCUGCCUCCUCCAAUGUCAUUUACACUGCAGUCAAGCCAUUGCAACAGAAGCAGAGUGGCGGGGAUGACAAUACUGCCAGCAAAGAUGUGAAUGUUUGUCCUGAGGAUGAAGGCAAGUGAGGGAGGUGAGCAGCUUGUUGUCCACCUGUUGGGGUUGCCCUCCUCAAAAACUAAGUGUUAGCUCAUACAGCAGUUUUGGUGACCAAAGACCCCUAUUAUCCCCAAGUGGCUGCAGAACCCUGCUUUGUAUUCCCCUGAAAGAAGCCACAUCUCAUGGUGAGGGCAGGACUCUUGAGCCUGUUUUCCCCUGGCCUUCUGCAGCUCCAAGCACUGCCAAGCCUCAGCAACUCUUUUCACUGUGUCCAGUCACUGGCAGGCUCCUCUAGCUACUUGUUCCUUGUUCAGGAGUGACACUUGUAUACUGUGUGGCCAACAUGGUGUUCAGGAAGAGCUUGGUCCUGGAUGUGCUGGGUGGCACAGCCAUGAGGAUUCCUGGAGCAAUUUUCUGGAUCUUCAAUAGAGCAGGCACCUGCUGUGAGAUGGGUUGACCUUGCUCUCUUUCACUUACUUGAAAUACAAGGGGCAAGGAUGGAAAAGCAUUGCUUGCUUCACAGAUGUGCUCCUGCAGUGAUGCACAUGGAUCUGCUUUGUACUGGGAAUGUUUUUGCUGGUUUGGUGGUGAAUACCCUUCUCG